CUUUGGCAGAGACAUUGAAAUGGGGUGGAGUCUAACACGUUCAAGAGUUCAGUCCAGGACAGACUGAAGGACAAACAAGCAGGAAGAAGGAGAAAAAUUUAAACAACAAGAAAAAUAAAAGAAUAAUAAGGCACGUUGAAUAUUGCCUGCCUGAAGAACAAUGUCUCUCUCUACAGCUGCCUUGGCCACUCGUCGAGUGCUCGCCGCUGCGUCACACUCAAGCCACGAGGGAGGAGCGAGGACCUGGAAGAUACUCACCUUUGUGUUGGCCUUACCUGGUGUUGGUGUCUGCAUGGCCAACGCCUACAUGAAGAUGCACGCCCAUCCACAUCAUCAGGAAGAAUUUGUGCCGUAUCCUCACCUGCGCAUCCGCACCAAGAAAUUUCCCUGGGGCGAUGGAAACCACUCUAUGUUCCACAACCCUCAUACAAACGCUCUGCCUGACGGCUAUGAGAGCUCCCAUCACUGAGAGGAUCAGUCAUAUUUCCAGUCAGCAGUGUACUUGGCUUAAUUAUACUGACCGAGGGGGCCAAGCUGCGCCGCUGUCGCGCGGUGCACUUAAACAGGAAUAAAACCACUUUGUGCUGUAUCACAA